AUGGCAUUGAUUGGAGCUCACAAAAUUCAUAGGCACCCUGACGACUCGGAAAAACAGUCACAAGCAGAACUCAAGUGGAUGAAAAUACAAAGAAAGAAUAGAAAAGUUGAAGAAUUCCGGUGGUUGUAUGAGGGUCAAGUGUUUCACAGGAAGUCCCAUGGCUUUGGGGUGCUUUCAAAGGUUUUCAAAACUGGGGAAACUGAAAAAAUUUACGCUGGGGAGUGGGUGGAUGGUAAAAAACAGGGUUUCGGUGCUUUCUGGUACUCGAACGGAGAUUUCUAUGAAGGAGAAUUUUGUGGAGGUCAAAGACACGGUUUCGGAAGGCUGUGGGGAGCUGAUGGUAGCUUCUAUCAAGGACAAUGGAGAGAGGAACGAUACGAAGGUCCUGGGAUGUUGAUACAGGUUGAUGGUAAUCGCUACGAAGGCAACUUCUCAAAAGGAAAAAAAAAUGGCCUCGGGAGAUUCUACCACUUGAGACGGGGGCUCCUCCAGGAAGGCUUCUGGAGCUCUGACAUCUGCAAAAGUAGUAUCAUGAGGGACAUCUCCAGGGAUUUAGCACCAGAGCCUACGAUAUACCCAAUCCCAGAGCUGGGCAAAUACAUCUCCAGAGUCUCCCUCGCCCCAAUUGAUUGA